AUGGUCUCGGCGGCCGGAUCGCCGGUCUCACACGCGUGGUCUCUGCGGGCAGCCGACUACCAUGGCCCGCGGGGCGUUGGGGACACGAGGGACGCGGGGCGCGAGGGGUGGUACGGGCCAAGUUCCGGGGCAGGCCCAGCGCGCCCAGCCGGCGGCGGAGGCUCCCGUUCUCAUCCUUCCUCCCCGCUCAGGUGGCUCUUUCUCCUGGAGCCCGGCCCUUCCUCGCCGCCGCCCUUUGAUACUGACCAUCUCUCUACCAUCCCUUUACGCAAUUUUCAUCUCUCUCCCCUGGACCUUUCCCUACAAUCCAUCAUCUUGCCAGAGCUCCUAAGAGUCACAUCUGGGCUGCUACCUCACGAGACUUCGCGGGUGUCUCCCUCUUUCCAUUCUGCUGUCACCAAGCCAUCCAGACUGAGGAAGACCCAGAAAUUCCAGGGCCACGUGAGCCACGGCCACAGCCAUGGCCGUAUCGGUAAACACUGCAAGCACCCAGGAGGCCACAGGGAUGCUGGAGGCAUGCAUUACCGCAGGAUCGACUUCGACAAAUAUCAUCCAGGUUGUUUUGGGAAAGUUGGUAUGAGGCAUUAUCACUUAAAGAGGAACCAGAGCUUCUGUCCGACUGUCAGCCUGGAUACAUUGUGGACACUGGUCAGUGAGCAGACACGCAUCAAUGCUGCAAAGAACAAGACUGGAGCUGCUCCCAUCAUUGAUGUUGUGCCAUCGGGCUACUACAAAGUUCUGGGGAAGGGGAAGCUCCCUAAGCAGCCUAUCAUCAUGAAAGUCAAAUGUUUCAGCAGAAGAGCUGAAGAGAAGAUAAAGGGUGUUGGAGGUGCCUGUGUCCUGGUUUCUUGAAGCCACCGAGGGAGGUUAAUUAAAUGCUAACAUUUUCAAAAAAAAAAAAAAAAA